UGCGGGCGCGGGGCGGCUCGGCCCGAGGGCCCCGCUCAGCAGCGGCACGGUCGGCCUGUUGCUGUGGGAGAUGCGGCCUCCGCCGUGACUUCUUCCUGCCCUCGCCACGGCCUGCAAGGAAGGAGACUGGGAGAGUAAGAGCUGCGUGGCGACACCGGUUGCGGAGCGUCCCUGUAACGUUGUCCGGGGACUGUGUGAUUUAUUUUUUUUUCCUCCACCUUAUAAAGAAAUCAGUGACUUUGUGACAGUGACAUCACCCAGUAAAAAAACCUGCAGGAACUUCAUGUGUGCAGACUCAAACUGGUCUCUUUUUCUCCCUCCUGCCCCUCCCCACCUGAGAUCGAGGUAUUUUGGCAUGACAGAGGAAAGAGCCAUGUGUGAUGGGGACACUUAGCAUCAUGUUGGCUCUGGAUGCAUCACGCUCACCUGCUUCUUCUGCUGAGCGGUCAGGAGUUUGUCAAGAAGCACUUUCUUUUGCUUCUGUCCUCUGCUGUGAGCUGUUCACUGACUGGAAUAGGCAGCCCAGACCUGACUUUUUGAAUUUAGCUUUUGUGUAAGUACUGCCGUUCAGUCGAGGAUCCUGUGCUGCUUUCUGAAAGCGAAUAACUAGAUCCUUUUUCAAACUGCUCUCUAGGCAUGGGUACACAUACCUUUAUAUUCUCAUGUCUAGAAGACACCCCUGAUGGAAGACUUUCUAGGGAGAGUUUCUGACACAAGCGUUUUACAAGUGGAACUGAAAAAGGUGUUAUUUAAAGUUCUUGGAGUAGGAGCCUCUGAAGAGUCAGGAUGGCUGUGAGCAUGGAUGAUGACGUUCCCCUCAUCCUCACCCUGGACGACAGUGGAAGCAGCACCUCAGCCCCUCUUGAUGAUUUGGAUCGAGAGGAGCUGCCUAACGAAAAUGGAGGUAGCUAUGACGUUAUUAAUGAUGCAUCCAGCCCUGCUGCAGGGGACUGCUGUGCACAGCAAAGCUCUGCCCGACACAACUGGGAAAUGAACUACCAAGAGGCAGCAAUCUACCUCCAGGAAGGAGAAAAUAAUGAUAAGUUCUUCACUCACCCCAAAAAUGCCAAAGCACUUGCUGCCUACCUCUUUGCACACAAUCACCUUUUCUACCUAAUGGAGCUGAGCACAGCACUGCUUCUCUUGUUGCUGUCUCUCUGCGAGGCGCCAGCUGUUCCUAUGCUCCGUCUUGGCAUCUUUGUCCAUGCAACCUUGGAGCUGUUUGCGUUAAUUGUAGUAGUCUUUGAACUCUCAAUGAAGAUGAGGUGGCUGGGCUUCCAAACCUUUAUCAGGCACAAAAGGACUAUGGUGAAGACUUGUGUGCUGUUUGUACAGUUCAUAGAAGCCAUCGUGGUGUUAGUGCGCCAAACCUCACACGUCCGGAUAACGAGAGCUCUGCGCUGUAUCUUCUUGGUGGACUGCCGGUACUGUGGUGCUGUCAGAAGAAAUCUGCGACAGAUCUUCCAGUCCCUCCCCCCAUUUAUUGAUAUUCUUCUCCUCCUGCUUUUCUUCAUGGUGAUUUUUGCCAUCCUGGGUUUUUACUUGUUUUCUCCUAACCACUCGGAUCCGUAUUUCAAUACCUUAGAGAACAGCCUUGUGAAUCUCUUCGUGCUUUUGACCACUUCGAAUUUCCCUGAUGUGAUGAUGCCAUCUUAUGCCCGGAACCCCUGGUCCUGUGUCUUCUUCAUAGUGUAUCUCUCCAUUGAGCUGUACUUCAUCAUGAACUUGCUUCUCGCUGUUGUGUUUGACACCUUCAAUGACAUCGAGAAGAGGAAGUUUAAGUCCUUGCUGCUGCACAAGCGCACGGCCAUACAGCACGCCUACCGCUUGCUGAUCACCAAGCAGAGGCCGUCUGGAAUUUCCUUCAAGCACUUUGAAGGGCUGUUGCGGUUUUACAAGCCUCGGAUGUGUGCCAGAGAGCGAUAUCUCACUUUCAAAGCACUGAAUCAAAGCAAUACUCCUUUAGUCAGUCUAAAGGAUUUUUACAAUUUCUAUGAAGUUGUUGGCUUAAAAUGGAAGGCAAAACGAAAUCGUGAGCACUGGUUUGAUGACCUUCCACGGACAGCAUUCCUUAUUUUUAAAGGCAUCAACAUCCUCGUGAAGUCUCGGAUGUUCCAGUACACCAUGUAUACUGUGGUGGCUGUGAAUGGAAUUUGGAUUCUUGUUGAAACCUUCAUGCUGCAAGGAGGGAAUUUCUUCUCCAGAAAUGUCCCAUGGAGCUACAUAGUCUUCCUCACAAUUUACGGUGUGGAGCUGCUCCUGAAGACCACUGGCCUGGGGCCUGUUGAGUACCUGUCCUCAGGCUGGAAUCUAUUUGACUUCUCAGUCACCCUGUUUGCAUUUUUGGGGCUCAUGGCACUGGCGUUUAACAUGGAGCCAUUCUACUUCAUUGUGGUUUUGCGACCCCUCCAGCUGCUGAGGCUAUUUAAGUUGAAGAAACGCUACAGAAAUGUCCUGGACACUAUGUUUGAGUUGUUCCCCCGGAUGGCCAGCCUGGGUUUAACCCUGCUGAUCUUCUACUAUUGCUUUGCCAUUGUUGGCAUGGAGUUCUUUGCUGGUGUGGUCUACCCAAACUGCUGCAACACAAGCACAGUUGCAGAUUCCUACCGCUGGGUGAAUCAUACAGUUGGCAACAAGACGGUUGUGGAAGAAGGUUAUUACUAUCUCAAUAACUUCGACAACAUUUUGAACAGCUUUGUCACGCUGUUUGAGCUGACAGUCGUCAAUGACUGGUACAUCAUCAUGGAAGGGGUGACAUCCCAAACCACUCACUGGAGCCGUCUCUACUUCAUGAUCUUUUAUAUUGUGACCAUGGUGGUGAUGACAAUCAUUGUGGCUUUUAUUCUGGAUGCUUUCGUCUUCCGCAUGAACUACACUCGGAAGAACCAAGAUUCAGAAGAAGACAACGGCAUUGUGCUGGAGAAGGAGAUCUCCAAGGAGGAGGUGGUUGGCAUAAUUGAGCUGUACAAGCGGAGUUCAGCUGCCGCUGAAAUCGCUCAGCUGCAGAAGAUCGUUCUGCAGAUGGACAAAUACGGGCAAAUGUCAACACUGUUUCUGGGGCGCAGAUCAAGGACCAAGAGUGAUUUGAGUAUGAAGAUGUAUGAGGAGGAGAUACAGGAAUGGUAUGAGGAGCAUUCAAGAAAAGAGGAAUCUCAGACACCGUUGCAAGAGCCUGCAUCUGCUUCCAACAGCUCUCUGAAGCCCCUGAGCCUCCGACAACGCUCCCAGACUGUCAUUUAGGCCUAGCUAACGCAAGCCACCUUCUAUGCAAUAACCUAGAGUAUUACUUCACAGCGUAUAUAUUGGGAUGAUGUAUAUAGAUCUGUUCGGUGUACUGUUCGGCUUUAGGGUUUAAAGCUCUUCCCCUAGGCAGUGAAUUGCUGAAAAACCAGAGGCCGGGGGACUCUGUGUAAGGCUGCUACGCACAGAGUGAGCAUCUCGGACAGGACACAGACCUUCUCCCGCUGAGCCGCUUCCCAGGCUCGAGCCUGCUGUUUGUCUUACCACUAACAGACCUUGAGGAAAGGAACGUGUAAUCCAUUAACAGCAGGGAAUGUGCUGAAGCCACCUGCUUAAUAUUAAAACUUUUACCCUUUUUGAAGAUCUCUUUUGCUUAAAGGGUACCAUUAACCUAGGAAUAAAAGAUCAGGGAGUGAGUUUUUUCUUCUUCACCUUCCUUAUGCAAAGAAAGGGGAGGUGGUGUGAAAUUUCAGCACUUUUGGAAGAGCAGUCUGCCUUUCCUCUCCUUUUUGGCACACCUAGAUGCACUCCCUGUAGUAGAUCCAGCUCUCAUUAUUGAAUUUAGCUGUCCCCCAGCAGUUCUGUGGCAGCUGGCAACAGAACUGAGGGCCAACAUCUCAUUGUGUUAUGACCAUAGGUGGGACAGGAGUUUGGGGAGACAAACUCUAUCUCUGCUGUAGCUAUCAAGUAUCUGCACCGCUGCUGGUCAGUUCUGCCUGGGAUUGGGAUUGCCUCUGGAAACCCCAAAGCUCCUGUCCCCAUUCAGGGAGAGGGAGUGUUCUGCAGGGUGACGGUGGCUGUUGACCUCUGCCACUUGGCCACCUGCUCUGUAAAUGGCAAAUCUCUGGGUGGUCCUUAGCUCAAAUAGAUGACUAGGAGGAAAGGUUUUGCAGCUCCAAGUCUGACUUAUUUCUGCCUGGUUCUGAUUUAAGCAGAGCUUAUGGGCAUCAAACAGUACUGCUGGUUAGGCCUCAGCCAGGUCAUUGCUUUGUUUAUGCAGGUGAGCAAGUCCCAGCACAGCAGUGUUGCUCCUCCCUUGCUCUUGCCCUUGCAGAAGUGUUCCUCAGGCUGUCAGAUGCUGACUGAGUUGGAUCUUUGGAAGAUCCACUGAAGAGCUUUACUGUUUCCCUGAAUUUUGGAUGCAGGAUGAACAUGGAAUAUAAUGAUUCUUCUCACCUGUCUGCUUUUCUGCAGCUGGCAAGGAGGCUGCUGGAUGUGGUAGCUGAGGGAUGGGAAGGGGAAAAGGGAUCCCUUCCCAGCUCGACCACAUUUAUUCUGGGAUCAUGACAGGUUGCAUCAUCGCUUGUGUUUCACUGCCCUCAACGUGAUGAGAACCUGUCUCUGUACGUUUCCUUUUUGCCCUGUCAGCACAGAAUGUGCUGAGGGCUAGAAGUAUCUGUCAGCUGGGAGGUUCCCCUCACCUCUUGCUGUUUGAUCUUUUCUCAGGUUCAGACUAAGAGUAGAGCUUGCUUGGGGAUGCCUUCUCCUUCCUCCAGCUAGAUCAGGCAGGGGGAGAUCUGUGUGCCCAUUCCCUUUGUCCCACAUACCUGUCUUUUCCUUGGUGGCCUCACCAUAUGGCACAAGGAUGGUGGGAGAGGACUGCUCCUACCUGGGCAGUUCAGGAGCAUUUCCUGAGUGGAUGAGACUUUCAAAAGCAGGCAAGACAGAGUUGCUUUUGAAUAUCUCUCCUGCAUAGCAUGGUGGGAGCAUUUGGGCUAUGGGAUGGAAAGAGUGGGUGAGCAGCUUUCCAGGCAAGAUGCACACCAUCCUCUGCUCUCAUCCCUUGCCAAAUUCCCUGGGUGCCUCAGGGCAACUCUUUGUUUCCUUUCUGGGUACUGCAGGUAUGAAACUACUUCUGAGCUGAACCGUGAAGGACCUUAAAGGGCUGUUUUCCAAACCAUAAAUUCGACCACAAAUUAAUGAGCAGUGCAGUUGUUGCUCUUGCAGUUGCUCUGCAUGGAGUCGCAGCCUGGGAGAUUUAUCCAGAUUAGUCCUGGGGCUGGAGAAGAUGUUGUUUAUUCUGUUUUAAGUUGUGAGCAGGAUGAAUGAGCAUUGUGAAGGUUGGGGG